CUUUGGUUAAGAAUGUCUCUUAAGGAAAAGCUUUUGUUGUCAAAUUCAUUUUUGUUUUUUAGCUUGCUAACCAUGCAAGUUCAGUAAAGCAUCUAGCAUCUGGUUGCUUUCAGUGUAUCCCACUACUUCACUCUAGUUGUUAACUAAAGAUAUCAAAACAGAGCAAAAUUUCAAGUUUACACAGAAUCCCCCGAGUGAGCCAUGAAGCGCCUCUUAUAAAAGCACCGCUUUGCAUCCACAAGACAAGAGCAGCAAUAUUUUCUUACCCGGAAAACAUGUUUAAGUCAUGGAGCAAGAAAAACAAGACUAAAGCUGUAUUCAAACUACAAUUUCAGGCAACUCAGGUGCCAAAGAUGAAAAAGCCUGCACUGAAGGUAGCUUUGGUGCCAGAUAAUGUUGGGAAGCCUACGGUGAAACUGGAGAAAGUUGUUGUCCAGGAUGGAACCUGUUCAUGGGAGAAUCCGAUUUUUGAAUCAGUAAAAUUUGUUAGGGACGCAAAAUCAGGAAAACUUCAAGAGAAAAUCUACCAUUUUGUUGUUUCAACCGGAUCUUCAAAAUCUGGCUUUCUUGGAGAAUCCUCCAUUGACUUUGCUGAUUUUGCUGCAGAAACUGAGCCACUGACUGUGUCCCUACCUCUGAAGUUUGCCAAUUCAGGCGCAAUCCUACAUGUUGGUACCUUCUAUUCCCUUCUCCACCUGGUUUCUUAUGUCCCUCAUAUCAUGCACAUGAUUUACUCAUCUUUCAAAAUCUCAUAUUCAUCAAACCUUUUUUUUUUUUUCAUUCUUGUUCCAUAUUAUUUUUGUUGCAGGGUUUCAUUCCUCUCCUUGUUAUUUACCUGUUGCAGUACUUUCAGAGAUGGGGAAGAUUAUGGAAAUGGAAGCUCAAGACACCUACUGAGCAUUUGCAGUGCAGAUGAAAAUUCUCGUAAUGUUUAUGAAGAUUUCCCCAAGCUAUUACCACCCUUUAGGCAAAAUUCAAUGCCGUGCAAAGGAACUAUUGAGGCCAUUGCAACAAGAGCUCAAAUGCAUAGGGGGUCACUGGGUUCAGCAUCAGAUAGGAGUUUAGGCGACUCCUGGAGAAACAGCCUGGAAGAUACUCAUCCUCAAGAAAGAUUACAAGAGCCUUCAGAUAAUGUCGUUGAAAACCUCAGAAGUGAAAUUGCUUCUCUGAAGAGGAAAGCCGAAGAAUCAGAACUAGAGUUACAAUCGCUUCAGAAGCUGAUGGAGAAGGAAUGCAGCCGAGGACAAAGUAUGUCAAGGCAAAUAAUCAGCCUCAGAGACGAGAGAAAUAUGAUCAAAACUAAAUAUGAGCAACUAUUGUCGCAGCAAAAUCUCAUUAACGAGACCAAAAAUUCAAAAGCCUUACAGACUGAGAUUGAACAAGCGAGGCAGCAGUUAGAAGCAAUAAAAGAAGAGCUUGCUUAUGAAAAAGAGUUUAGUUAUAAUCUUAAAUUGCAACUCCAGAAGACACAAAACUCAAACUCCGAACUACUUUUAGCAGUUAGAGAACUUGAAGCAAUGCUGGAACAUAAGAAUAAGGAAUUGUUGGACAAUACUAAAGAGCAUGAUGAUGCCACAGAAUUAGGUCACUUGAAGCAGAAAUUUGCAGAGCUGAAUGGUGAAAUAGACAUUUGUUAUAAGCAACGUGAUGAGCUAAAUGAGCAAAUAAAAGAGCUCAACUUUGAGUGUGAGCAUCUGAAGAAAGAAAACCUGGACACCUCUUUGAGAUUAAACCAUAAAGAAGCACAACAAAUUGCGUUACAAAAUAAAUAUUCAGCUUCUUUGGCAACUAUAAAACAACUUGAAUCUCAAGUACAGAGAUUAGAAGAAAAGAUAGGGAAGCAGGUGGAUGAUUUUUCAGGGUCUUUGAUUUACAUCAAUGAACUUGAAAAUCAAGUCAGUGAUUUGAAGAUAGAAAUGAAAAUGCAAGAAGAGGAUUAUCAAAAAGAUUUCCAAGCCAUGAAAUGUGCAAAACUUGAACAGGAGGAACGGGCCAUCCAAGCAGAGGAGACAUUGAUAAAGACUAGACACAACAAUGAUCUCGCAUGUCAGCGUUUUCAGGAUGAAUAUCGAAGUCUUUCAGCUGAAAUGACAUUGAAAGUAGAAGAAAACGAAAAGAAGGUCCUGGAAGCUUAUGCAGAAGCUGAUGAAUUGCAGAAGCAGAACAAACUCAUGGAAGAAAUUCUCCAGAAAUGUAAUGAAGAGCUCAGGCUUGUUACAAAUCAGAAUGAAUUGAAACUUCAACAGCUCUUGAACCAAAUAGAUUCAAAAGAAAAGAAAGUGGAAAUGAUGUCUCAAGAACUAGAGAUCAAGUCCAAGCAACUUGAAGAAGUACAAAGGAAAAGGGAUGAAAAGGAUAAGGCAUUAACAAAGCAAAUUCAAUUGCUCAGAAUUGAAAUUAGAAAACUGAUGCUAGAAGAGCAUGCAUUAUCUAAAGCUGAUCCAACAGAGCUCAUGACUAGGAUGUUAAUGCAAGAGAACAAUGAUGAGGAGAUAAGGUUUGACAACCUAACGUCAGCAUUAGAAAUCUUUAAGACCCAGCACAAUGAAUUAAAACGUAACUUGCACGUGGAACAAACAGAGAAAGAAAAUAUGAAGGAAAAAAUAACUCAGUUAGAAGGAGAGCUGAAGAAGAAGGUAGAAGAACUAAGUGCUGUAGAAAAGAGGCUCAAAAAUAGCAAAGGAGCGACGGUCAAAAGUAUGAAUUUGGCUUCAUGGAACUACGAGAGUGCUGCGUCUUGUUCAUCCACUAAGGAACACGAUAAGAAGUCAAGAUCGGAAAUGCAGAUGGGAAUGGAUGAUGCAAACACCCCUGUUAGAAAGUGUGAAAAAGGAAGAACCAUAUGCAAUUCAGCGGAGAACGAAGUUCAUCUAGCUUCACACAGAAGUGAAGUGAAAACUUGCUUGGAAAAUAAGGCUAUUGUCUUCAAUUAUGAUGAUGCUGGUGAUUGUCCUACAAAUGAGUUGUUGGAUGAAGUGGCAGUACUAAAGGAAAGGAACAAAUAUAUGGAAAUUCAGCUGAAAGAAAUGGAAGAAAGAUAUUCUGAUAUUAGUCUUAAGUUCGCAGAGGUGGAGGGAGAAAGACAACAGCUUGUUAUGGCCCUACGGAAUAUGAGAAAUGGUAAGAACUAGAAUUCUUUACGUGCGUUAUUACUCAUUCAUAAAUUACACGAGUUAUGAAAUAGACAGGUCACCAUGGUCGUAUUGGUCAAAUUCAAAUCGAGCUUAACCCGUGUGUUUCACUUCAGUAUAAUCACCAUUUAAACCUCCUCCAAUUUAAAUUUGCUGGCCUGUCAGCUUAGUUCGAUAUUUCUGGUCGAUUGAUUCAUUGAAUUGACAAAGGUGGCUAUGGGUUGGGGCAUCAGAUAGGCUAUCUAGAAAAUGGAUUAUCAUCUUGUCAUCAUUUAUUUGAACAAUUUUGGGUUACAUGUAUUGCAAACAUUAUAGUCGAUAAACAAGGCUAUGAUUCUCAGAUGAAACAUUUUAUUGAAAAUGUUAAAGAUCAAGAGCAAAACAGCUACUGAAUCUUAGAAUACCUAUUAUCUAGAUGAGCUACUUG